AUGCCCAAACUUGGUACAUGCAAGAAUUUUAGUAUUAAAAAUUAUUCUAGUAAAACCUUAAUGGUUUUAGAAGGCUGCGCCGAACCUAAUUUGGGAUGCUGUAUUUUACUACGUGGUGGCACUCAACAAGAACUAACACGUGUAAAAAAAGUAGCGAAAUUCAUCCUUCUUGCGUGCUAUAACUGGAAAUUGGAAAAGGCUUUCUUAGGGGACAUUGAAGCUGUAUUGCCAGAACCAGGCAUGAGUUUUAUAGAAGAGCCAAUCGAAACCAAAACUGUUGAAAAAGACAUCGAAGUUGGUGAAGCUGUUUUGGAAAGGAUUAAGACAAAUGGAUCUGAUGAUAGUGAUAUUUUUGAUGGGAAAAUUAAUUACGAUAUCAAAGUUGAAGAAAGUAAAGUGGAUAGUGAUGUAAAAGAUGAAGAAAAUGAUCAAUCAAAUGAAUCUGAAACAAAAAUUGAAGUUAAAGAAAUUGAGGAUCCGCUGAAGAAACAAUAUCGUAAAAUGGAUAGUGAUAAAAACCUUAGUUGUGGAGUUCCGAUUAAGGAUUUCAGUGAUCCACUGAGGUCUACUGUGUCAAUGGAGGAUGAUGUGUUUCUACCAGUCGAAGCUGAGUUAAAGGCUGAUACGAAAGCUGAAAGGUGGUGUACCGAUGACGUGGUGCUAUCGAUGUCGCCUAACAUCGUGAUUCCUGCCCCGCCUAGGCCCAUUCGGCCCCAACCCCCCCAUACCCCACGGGAAUUGAGGCAACAGGUGGAUUCUAAGCCGGUGGAAACACAGCUCAAGGAGCCCCACCCUUUCGUGAAGCAAGCGAUAACAGCACCGGCCGAUGAUUUAUCUGUAAAACGAAUGCUUGCUAACUUCAGAGCGACUGGUUGCCGGCUUGUUGCUGAUAAACAUAAACCGGAAUGUCCGAAAUACAGUCCAUCGGUUGUUAAGCCGGUACUGAGUGAGGUAGAGACAAACAAAAAGAAGGAAUCAGAGUCCUUGGACCCCUUGGACCCAGAAAACCAUCAGAGACUGAGUUUAUUGUUGUAUAGUUAUUGCAAUAAGUCGCCCAAUGUUCCAGAUUUUUGUGUAAAUCCCUGGAUAGUGACGAUGGAGAUGUACGGUCGUCACGAUAUAUCUUUGGGUGCGUUUCUAGAGAAGUACUGCUUCAACCCAGACCACAAAUGUCCAUCACCCAACUGUCAUGUGCCUAUGAACCAGCAUAUACGCAGAUUCGUCCAUGGCGACGUGUGUAUAACGAUAACAUGCAACACAAUUGGACACAGCAAUGUGGACAAAACAAGGGAGGAUCAAAAUAAGCAGGUAAUGUUCUGGUCCCGUUGCGAAGCGUGUGGGAUAAUAUCCCGUGGCGUGCCACUGUCCCGGUCGGCGUUAGGGCUGUCUCUGGCCCAGUACGUGCGACAGCGCGUCGCGGCACCGCGCUACGGACGCAAGUUGUGCACGCACCCGCUAAACAAACAUUCCCACGCGUUCGUUACUCGACUCACUACUGCCUGUUUCAGGUACAAUAAGAUAAAAACAUACGAUAUCCAGCUGCCACCAGACGUUAUUUCGAUCGACUAUGACACAAAACUGAUGCGGGACUCGCUGAUAGCGCAUUUAAACGAACUUAUGCUUAAAGGCCAUGAAACAUUAAGCGUUGGUGAUGGCGACGCAGAGCGUGAAUACAGCGUGUUCAAACAACACAUGGAACAAAUCCACUUAGCGCUUACUGCGCCUGCGCAUUCUAACACAUCUCUCACUGAAGUGGUUCGUCGUCUGUGGAAUGUGUAUGAUAACAUAAUAACUGGAGAGAAGAUGUUACGUGACGCACAGGAUAAAUUAUCGCCCAAUACUAAGAACAAAGUGAUCAUGGAGUCUAAUGUGGAAGACAGAACUGAUUCGGAGGAUUCUGCCGGCGACUCGUCGAAUGAAAUCAAUUUGGAUGUAAAUUUUGAAAAGGAACAUAUUGGUACAGAAGAAGAGGAAGAAAGAGGUGAUAAAAAGACAGUUAAACAGAUAUUGUCUCAACUCCUCACUAACAAUCAACCCUCGAAUCAGACGGGGAUGAUAAUAUCGAGCGGAGUGUUGCCAGUGUUGGUGAAAGCGGGAGAAAUUGGAUCAGUGAUUGCGGCAACACUGGCGUCUGUGACGUACCAGCUUAGCUUGCAGCAACACAAACAGAGACAUAGUACUCAGUCGGAGUUAGAAGAUGAUUUAACAUCAAGUAAAGACAAAGUUGAUGGGGACAAAGCUAAAGCAAAAUCUAAUGACCAUAUCGAAGUAUUGUUAAAGGAUGGUUUAAUAUGUCGCGUGUACUACGCAGUACAAUUUCACAAAUUACGACAUAUGCUAUUAGCUAAUAUAAGCGGGGAAAGAGCGGAAUCAGGUGAUGAAAAUAAGUGCUGUGACCCGCUAAGAAGAGAAGAGAAGGAAACUAAAGGUGUGUGUGAAAUAGAAGAGGGCUUCAUCCGGUCCCUGGCGCAUUGCGUGCCAUGGGCCACCAGGGGAGGGAAGUCGGGUUCUACUUUCUGCAAAACUAAAGACGACAGAUACGUACUAAAAGAGAUGACGAAACCAGAAUGGCAGCAAUUCUUAGAGUUCGCGCCGCAUUACUUCAAUUACGUCACUAGUUGUCGGGCCAAUGGAUCGUCGAGUUUGCUUGCCCGAAUCUUGGGCGUGUUCAGCGUGGGCGGAGCGGGAAGCGGCGUGCUGGUCAUAGAACACGUCUGGUACGGACCCACAAGAGGGGAUAUGUUGCGGUUUGACCUUAAAGGCGCCGCUCGUCACAGACUAGCGACGGGAGCUGCUUCGAUGCCGCCGAAUCAAGCCGUACUUGUCGAUGAUAAUCUUCUUGCGCUGCGUUGGGACCGUCAGUUAUACGUAGAGUCGAGUACGGGGAGUAAACUUUGGGCGAGUUUGGAGCGGGACACAUCGUUUUUGGCGCAGCAUCACGUCAUGGAUUACUCCCUUCUGUUGGGAAUACAGGAUGAUACACUCGUACUAGGGAUAAUCGACUACAUCCGAACAUUUACAUGGGACAAGAAGUUAGAACAUCUAGUUAAAAAGAACUUGGGUUCCGGUCAGCCCACAGUGGUGUCACCGGAACAGUACAAACGAAGAUUUUGUGCCGCAGCGAGGAAAUACUUUCUACAGUGUCCGGAACAUUGGCAUCAGCUUAAUGAUACGAAAGAUGUCUAG